CCGCGACUUGACGCUGGUUCCAUGCAAGUUUGGGUGUGGUGCUUACACCAUUGCGGUGUGGUACACCGGAAACCCGGUUCGUCGUACCCCGUGGCCUUGAUGAACAUCGGCGCCACAGGCAAGUCUGUUGGUGGCCGAGGUGGAGGGCUCCCGGCAAGAUGAAGGCCUGGUGGACUUCUUAGCCCAAGCUUGGCAGGGGACGAACGCUACUGCUACGCCACGGAUGGUGGCUGCUUGCAGUGGCGCGGCGGCGUACGAUCAGGGAGACACCUUUGCGAUCAAGGGCCAGGUUUCCGGUCGUAAGCGUGGCAAUUUUGCGGGCGGCCCAGCACCUUUCGGUGUCGCAGAGCGAGGUAUUUUGGGUGGUGGACAACCAGUCGGCGGUUAGCCGGCUCAACCGUGGCCUUCGCCACGGAUCCUGGCAUGGGGAACUUGCGCCUUUCUGGCGCGAGGUUGGGGCCGCCUGCCGGCACUGAGGUGGCGUGGAUUCCAUCCCAUGGCACGCGAUUCGAGUGGACUCUAUCCUGGCCUAUGCCGGACGCUCACCAGCCUCUGCGGCUGCGGUGGGCGCAAGAUAGGUAGGUGGGAUGCGGCCAAAGCCUGGUCUAAGGCGCUUCAGAAGCUGGCAACUCGUACGUGGGGGUGGCAGGCCCUUUUGCGGAAUGCAAUUGGCAGCCACCACGAACAGAUGUGACGCCACUUGCAGCAUGUUUGUUUUACAGCAUGGUAUUCUUUUGGUGGUGCUGAGUACCUGAUGCUCCCUUGCAUGGCGAUUUUGGCUCCAACUUCGUGCCUCAAAAACUUGUGCCUCGCAUUGAAUGCCGUUGGCAGCCUCCGCGUGACACCGCUUGCAACAUGUAUUUGCAGCAUGGUUUCUGGUCCUUGACGCUCACCUGGGUGGCGAUUUUGGCGUCCAACCGUUUCUUUGGCAAAUCUAUUUUCAGGACCCUUUCGCCAUGCCGGGGGCCACCGCCCCGGCGCGUGCGGCGGCGCCGGCCGUCACAGCUGUGCCCAAUGCGGCAGCAUCUGUUCUGCAAGCUGUGGUGAUUGGCGGUACGUACAUACUCACGAGUUCUGCGCUCACAUGCUUCAACAAGUACCUGAUGCAGGGAAGGUUCUGCCAUGUCGUGCACUUGACAGCCAUACACACGGCGGUGACUUUCAUUCUCUCGCUUUGCUUCUACAUGGUGGCGCCCCAGUUCUACCCAUCCAUGGCCGGCGCAAAGGAGCAGUUCCGCCUGACCUUGCGGUGGAUUGCACCACUGGGGCUACUCUUUGCGGUGUCCUUCUUUUCUUUGAACCAGGCUUACCAGCACUCCUCUGCGGCCUUCUUGCAAUUAUGCAAGCAGGGCAAUGUCGCCUUGCUGUUCUUCAUGUCCUGCGCCUGCGGCCGGCAAGUCUUCAGCUGGAGCAAGGUCUCGGUGCUGAGCAUCGUUCUGUCCGGCUGCUCUGCGUGCGUGAGCGGAGAGAUGCAUUUCGCGCUGGUGGGCGUGGUGCUGCAAGUCACUGCGCAACUUGCGGAGUGCUCCAAGAAUCUCUUGGCCGAGAUUGUCCUGUCCGGGGCUGGCCUCAAGAUGGAUGCUCUGAGCUUUGUCCUUUUCCAGGCGCCCUUCUGCCUGCUCUUUCUGCUGCUGGGAGCCUGGCACUCCUGGACGCCUGCGGUGCUGGAGGACUUCAAAGCCCAGUGGCAUCUGCUGCUGGCAAACGCCUCCCUAGCCUUCGUGCUUAACGUCCUCAUCGCGGUUGCGCUGAAGAGGCUCUCGGCGCUGUCCUUCGUCAUGAUGGGCGUGCUGAAGGACGCAGCGGCCGUCAGCCUCGCCUGGGCCGCUUUUGGAGAUCCCGUGAGCCUGUCGCAGCAGACGGGCUUCCUGGUUACAGUCGUGGGCAUUGGCAUGUGGGGCCGCCUCAAGAUGCAAGAGGCGCAGGAGCCAGAGAAGCUGCCCCUGGCGCGGGGCAAGGUUCGAGGGGUUCGCUGGCCCUGAGAUGCCAGAAACUGAGCGGGUGGCUUUGGAGCGGUUGAAGUGCCAUGUUGGAUGGCAAAACAGGGCGGAUG